CUUUCAAUAGUGAUCCUUUAUUGUAUAUAUUUGCCCGUAUAUUUUCAUCCCUCACUGCCAACAUGCAUCUUCCCACUACCUUUAUCGCUUUUAGCUUGAUGCUCAGCAAAGUAUUGGCAGCUCCCUCCCGUUUCUCAAAGCGUGCGGCCAGUGGCCAAAAUGUCGUCUACUGGGGUCAAAAUGGAGGUGGCAUUGUGGAAGACAACGAUCUUUCUAGCUAUUGCACCGCGGAUUCCGGUAUCGAUAUCAUUGUCUUGGCUUUCUUGUACUCCUUUGGAAAUGGAAACAACAUUCCAUCCGGCACUAUUGGACAGUCUUGUUUUAUCAGUACUUCCGGCGAAGGUCAAGAUUGUGACAACGUAGCUUCAUCUAUUGCCGAAUGUCAAGCAGCUGGCAUCAAAGUCAUUCUCUCCAUAGGCGGUGCAUCAGGCUCCUACUCCCUGCAAUCCGCAUCAGAAGCCGAGACCAUCGGCCAAUACCUCUGGGAAUCCUACGGCAACUCAGGCAACACGGCCGUCCAACGCCCCUUCGGCGCCAGCUUCGUCAACGGCUUCGAUUUCGACAUCGAGCUCAACGACGGCUACAGCCAAUACUACCAAUACAUGAUCUCCACCCUGCGCUCAAACUUCGCUUCCGACCCCGACAACAAAUACUACAUCACCGGCGCCCCUCAAUGCCCCAUCCCCGAGCCUAACAUGGGGACCAUCAUCAGCAAUUCUCAGUUCGAUUACCUCUGGGUCCAAUGGUACAACAACAACAACUACUCCGCGGACCCCUGCUCCCUGGGCUUCAACGACAACGCGCCCCUCAACUACAACCAAUGGGUCACCUUCCUCUCCAGCACGCCUUCCUCCGCCGCUAAAAUCUUCUUCGGCGUCCCCGCCGCUCCUCUAGCCGCGAACGGGGCGCCCAGCGGGGAGACGUACUACAUCUCGCCGCAAGACCUCGCGACGCUUGUAGGGGAAUACAAGAGCAGUGGGUCGUUUGGAGGGGUGAUGAUGUGGAAUGCGGGGUUUUCGGACUCGAAUGUGAAUGCGGGGUGCACGUAUGCGCAGGAGGCGAAGAAUAUUUUGGUCGAGGGAAUGGCGUGUACGGCGGGUCCGACGUUUCCGACGACGACGGCGACGCCGGUGGGGGGGCAUACGUCGACGUAUACUAGUACGGGGGCGACGUCGACGGCGACGGGGACGGUGGGGCAGUAUGAUCAGUGUGGUGGUGAAGGGUAUACGGGACCGACCCAGUGCGAGUCUCCCUAUACAUGUGUUGAGAACUCGGUGUGGUAUUCGCAGUGCGAAUGAGCGUUUAAGUUGGCAUUCGUCUUCUACGGUAUUUAUAUUACUAUCUUUAAAGAGGUUGAAAGAGGUUUGGCGAGACUGUAAAUAGCUUUUAUCCACUUGCCUUUCUAUAUAUGUUGUAAUGAGGUUAUGUCAAACGCUGAAUAUUAUGCCAGCGAGGAGGCAAUUUACUGGGGAGAUUCAAAAGAACAUUCUCUCAAUCACAUCCUCGAC